CAGAGAUGUACGUAUACCAAGUUCCGCGUUAUUAGAAUUUCACCCAGGAAGGGCUUACCACGACUCUUUAUAUUGAAUUAGUGGAUUAAAAGAGAUAAAUAGUCAUUGCUUCGAUUGGAUGGGAUAAGUCUUAACGUAGUGAGGGGGAAUCCAACCGAGUUAUUAGUGGUAGGAUUUUCAUUUACUGUUUCGCUGGUCUGAUUCUUAAUGCCGCUUUCCCAGCUGUUCUGGCUGCAAACUUGAAAUAGAUAAAAAGCGCUCACUUCACACACAUCACGGGAAGAAUUCACACCAAAGAGCGGAGUAAUAUCGGGCCACUUCUUAUAGGAUUCUUUAUUUCUAUCUAUAUGUAAUAAAAUGAUGAUGUGACCAUUAUGUUUACCGUCCUUGAUUAGAUCAACACUGCAUGAAAUGAUGUAAAUAAGGACAACGGAUUUGAACAUAUACCAACUGUACGGAAUGUAAACUGCGUUAAGACAUUCGCAUUAGACGUCCAGCAUCUCACUCAAUAAUGGAAAUACGAUUUCGGACACUGGUGUCUUGGAAAGGACAGUUGGUCCUAGGAAUUUUUCUACUUGCAAUAAAAGAGUCAGAACAGGGCCCACACGAAGAAAGACUCAUAGAUGAAAUAUUCCACAAAGAAAAGCGCAAUUACAAUAAUCUUGCGCGGCCUGUGGCCAACGAAAGUGAAUCACUAGAAGUAGAGUUUGGAAUAUCGUUGCAACAAAUUAUUGGAGUUGACGAAAAGAACGAGAUGUUACAUACUAACGUAUGGUUAAACUAUAUGCUUCAAGACUAACCACAAUAAACAGUUCAACAAUUUCGUCAAGUUGAACUUAUUUACUUCCCUUGUACAUAGGAAUGGGUUGAUUAUAAGCUGCAUUGGAAUCCUGCAGACUACGGUAAUAUCACGAGUAUUAGACUUCCUGCAAAAUACAUUUGGACGCCAGAUAUUCUUAUGUAUAAUAGUGCCGAUGAAGACAUCGAUUCAAAAUUUUCAACGAACAUAGUUGUGUACUCUACUGGGGUACUCAGUUGGGUGCCAAUUGGUCUCUACAUAUCAUCAUGUUCAAUAGACAUUAAAUGGUUUCCGUUUGAUGAACAAAAGUGUAUAAUGAAAUUUGGUUCAUGGACUUAUGAUGGAGCAAAUGUCAAUCUUACACUGAAGUGGCAAGAGGUAGACAUUUCAACCUACCAGGAAAGUGGAGAAUGGGCAUUAAUAGGUCGCCCAGCAGAAAGAAAUAUUUUCAAAUAUGAGUGCUGUAUAGAAGAAUACAUUGAUAUUACUUUCACUUUACACAUACGACGCAAGACACUUUAUUAUGGCUUCAAUUUGAUCAUCCCGUGUUUCAUGAUUUCAUCUCUUGCCAUCCUAGUCUUUGUGCUUCCUCCCGAUGCAGGAGAAAAAAUCGGAUUGGGUGUGACAAUUCUGCUAGCCUUAUCUGUGUUUAUGAUGAUUGUGGCUGAAAUGAUACCCGCCACCUCAGGAUCAGUCCCGAUAUUAGCUGUAUAUUUUGCCUGCAUCAUGGUAAUGUGUACCUUAUCAGUUUGCCUGACUGUGUUAGUUCUCAACUUCCACCACAGGAAUCCAGACAUGUACAUAAUGCCAAGCUGGGUGAAAACGUUGAUCUGCGAGUGGGGUGCAUGGGUCGUCCGCUUGCAUCGCCCAGGCAGAGACAUUUCAAGACGCAGUCUCAAGAGAAAAUCAGCUAUGAGAGACUUAGAAAAACAACUACAGCCCUCUAAAAGCCUGAUAAUGAACAUUAAAGAUGAUGAUGAUUACUAUCCGUACACACCAUCAAGUUUCGGGGAUAUGCCAUCCAUGCAACAGGACGAUAACUUUAUCACUAAAACAGAACUAAAAAUGAUCCUCAGGGAAUUAAGAUCCAUAACUAACAAAAUCAAAGAGGAUAAUGAAAGUGGUGAGGAAAUCAACGAUUGGAAAUUUGCAGCAAUGGUUAUUGACAGAAUGUGCCUAUGGGUGUUUCUUACGUUUACGUUGGCCUCAACACUUGCCGUAUUCUUCUCUAUUCCACAUAUAUUUAAUCCUAAUGAAAAGUGAGACUUUGAAUUAAGGAAUAAUUUUUAAGAGGCAAUAUCUGUCGAGACCCAGACUUCUUUAUCAGUUUAUUGCUAAUCAAGAUGCCUUUCCAAUGGAAUAUCAACAUAUGUUAUAGCUUCUUUGAAUGAACGGAUUGAAUAACGAGCGAGUUUAAAAGCAAGUCUAUUGGCCAACCAACUAUCCAGGCUCCGCUGACAUCACGAGCAAUGAGC